CCCCAGAGGACCUGAGAAGAGAGUCCUCCUUCCUCCCAGAAAGGGGCCAGAACAAUGGCCCUAGUCCUGUGGGCCUUUGGCCUGCUGGGCUCAGCUUGUUUGGUGUCAGCCAACAUCUUUGAGUACCAGGUGGAUGCCCAGCCACUUCGUCCCUGUGAGUUGCAGAGGGAGAAGGCCUUUCUGAAGCAGAUGGAUUAUAUUCCCCAGUGCUCUGCGGAUGGCAGCUUCCAGACCAUCCAGUGCAAAAAUGACGGCCGCUCCUGCUGGUGCGUGGAUGCUGAUGGCAGGGAGGUUCCAGGCAGCAGGCAGCCAGGGAGGCCAACAGCUUGCCUGUCCUUCUGCCAGCUGCACAGACAGCAGAUCCUGUUGAAUGGCUACAUUAACAGCACGGCCACAUCCUAUCUCCCUCAGUGCCAGGACUCGGGGGACUAUGCAUCUGUGCAGUGUGACCUGUGGCAGGCACAGUGCUGGUGUGUGGACACAGAGGGGAUGGAGGUGUAUGGUACCCGCCAGCUGGGGAGACCAACACGAUGUCCGAGGAGCUGUGAGAUUAGAAGUCGUCGUCUUCUCCACGGAGUGGGAGACAAGUCACCCCCACAGUGUUCUCCAGAGGGGGAGUUUAUGCCUGUUCAGUGCAAAUUUGUCAACACCACAGACAUGAUGAUCUUCGAUCUGAUCCAUACCUACAACAGGUUUCCAGAUGCAUUUGUGACCUUCAGUGCCUUCCGGAGCAGGUUCCCUGAGGUGUCCGGGUACUGCCACUGUGCUGACAGUCAAGGGCGGGAACUGGCUGAGACAGGUUUGGAGCUGUUACUGGAUGAAAUUUACGACACUGUUUUUGCUGGUCUGGACCUGGCUUCUACUUUCACUGAAUCCACUCUGUACCGGAUAUUGCAAAGACGGUUUCUGGCAGUGCAGUUAGUCAUCUCUGGAAGAUUCCGAUGCCCUACAAAAUGUGAAGUGGAGCAGUUUGCAGCAACUAGCUUUGGUCACCCCUACAUCCCAAGCUGCCACCGAAAUGGGGACUACCAGGCUGUGCAGUGCCAGACACAAGGGCCGUGCUGGUGUGUGGAUGCCCAGGGGAAGGAGAUCCCUGGAACUCAGCGGCAGGGGGGGAAGCUGCCUUCUUGUGCUGGAGACCAGUCUUGCUCCUCAGAACGACAGCGAGCCUUGUCCAGGCUCUACUUCGGCCCCUCAGGCUACGUCAGCCAGCAGGACUUGCUCGCUGCCCCUGAGGAAGGAUGGGCUUCUCAGGGAGAAGCGAGGCCUGCCACAUCCUGCCCACCCAGGAUCAAGCAGCUGUUUGUUGACUCAGGGCUUCUUCACCUAAUGGUGAAAGGGCAGGAGGCACAGGUUUCUGCAUUAGAAAGUCUGCUUGGAGAAGCUAUGAGAGCUAUUUUUCCCUCCCGAGAGCUGGCCCGUCUCGCCCUUCAGUUUACCACCAACCCAAAGCGACUCCAACAAAACCUCUUUGGAGGGACAUUUUUGGUGAACCUUGGCCAGUUUAACUUGUCUGGAGCCCUCGGCACAAGAGGAACAUUUAACUUCAGUCAGUUUUUCCAGCAACUUGGUCUCCCGGGCUUCCGGAAUGGAGGGGGACCAGGAGAGCUAGUCAAACCACUUUCUGCGGGAUUGGAUUCAAAUUCUGUAACAGAACUCCUCAGUGCUAUGAAUAAGUCAAUUACGGGCAGCUUUGGCUUUAAAAUCAAUUUACAAGAGAACCAAAAUGCCUUAAAGUUUGUUGUCUCUCUUCUGGAGCUUCCAGAAUUCCUUCUCUUCUUGCAGCAUGCUGUUUCUGUGCCCGAAGAUGUGGCAAGGGAUUUGGGCGAUGUGAUGGAAACAGUGCUCAGCUCCCAGGCCUGUCAGCAGACACCGGGAAGGCUUUUUGUCCCCUCAUGCACAAGGGAAGGAAGUUAUGAAACCGUCCAGUGCUUUGCUGGAGAGUGCUGGUGUGUGGACUUCUGGGGCAAAGAACUUCCAGACUCAAGAGUCAGAGGUGGACAACCGAAGUGUCCCACAGAGUGUGAGAAGCAAAGGGCGCGCAUGCAAAGCCUCAUGCGCAGCCAGCCUGCUGGGGCCAGCGUGUUUGUCCCUUCUUGUACCAGUGAGGGGCAUUUCCUCCCUGUCCAGUGCUUCAACUCGGAGUGCUACUGUGUUGACUCUGAAGGUCGAGCUAUUCCUGGAACUCAAAGUACCCUUGGGGAACCCAAGCAGUGUCCAAGCCCCUGUCAGUUACAGGCUGAGCAAGCUUUCCUAGGCAUGAUACGGGCUCUGCUCUCUAACUCCAGCGUGCUGCCCACCCUCUCCAGCUUCUACCUCCCACAGUGCAGUGCCAAUGGGCAGUGGCGGCGUGUGCAGUGUGAUGGGCCACCAGAGCAAGUCUUUGAGUGGUAUGAUCGAUGGAGGGCUGAGAACCCUGAGGGCCAGGAUCUGAGCCCUGCCAGGCUUCUAAUGACCAUCAUAAGCUAUAGAGGAGCAGCUUCCAGAAACUUUAAUCUCUUCAUUCAAAGUCUAUAUGAGGCUGGCCAACAAGGCAUCUUCCCAGUGCUGGCACAAUUCCCUUCCUUCCAGGAUGUCCCUCCAGCAGUGUUGGAAGGGAACCUGACUCAGCCUACAGAGAACAUCUUUCUGGAGCCCUACUUCUUUUGGCAGAUCCUAAAUGACCAGCUCAGCCGAUACCCAGGGCCCUACUCAGACUUCAGCAAGCCAUUGGCACACUUGGACCUCCGGAGCUGCUGGUGUGUGGACGAGGCUGGGCAGGAACUGGAAGGGACUAGGGUCAAACCGAGCCAGGUUCCUGCAUGUCUUGGCUCCUGUGAAGAAACGAAGCUUUAUGUCCUGCAGUUUAUUAAGGAAACAGAAGAGAUUGUUUCAGCUUCCAACACUUCUCAGUUCCCUCUGGGGGAGAGUUUCCUAGUAGCCAAAGGAAUCCGGCUGACCAGUGAGGAACUCAGCCUUCCCCCACAAUUCCCAUGCCGAGAAGCUUUCUUUGAGAAGUUUCUGCGUGGGAGUGAUUAUGCCAUUCGGUUGGCAGCCGAGUCCACCUUGAAUUUCUAUCAGAGGCACCGUGCUUCCCGGAGUGACUGGGUUGGAGCAGCUGCCCCUCUGAGGUCAGGCCCCUAUGUGCCACAGUGUGAUGCAUUUGGAGGCUGGGAGCCCAGGCAGUGCCACUUGGGGACUGGAUACUGUUGGUGUGUGGAUGCGAAGGGCAAGUUUGUCCCCAAUUCACUGACUGCCCACUCCCCACAGCUCUUGCAGUGCCCCACGCCUUGUGAGCAGUCUCGAGCCAAUGGACUGCUUUCUGGUUGGAAACAAGCUGGUUCCCAAGGAGACCCAUCCCCAGAAGACCUGUUCACCCCAUCCUGCCUUUCGACAGGAGAGUUUGCCAGGACGCAGGUGUCAGGGACCGGUGCCUGGUGUGUGGACCCUGUGUCAGGAGAAGGGAUGCGGCCCAGCACAAAUGACAAUGCCCAGUGCCCAGGUCUCUGCAACGUUCUCAGAAGUGGAGUCCUGUCCAGGCUAGUCAGCCCAGGAUACAUCCCAGCCUGCAGGGCACAGGACGGGGCCUUUUCCCUGGUGCAAUGUGAUCCAGCCCAGGGCAGCUGCUGGUGUGUCCUGGACAGUGGAGAGGAGGUGCCUGGGACCCGUGUGGUGGGCAGCCAGCCUGCCUGUGAGCGCCCUCAGUGUCCGCUUCCCUUCUCGAGCGGGUCAGACAUGCCUGGUGGAGUGAUCCUCUGUAAGACAACCUCAGGCCCGGGAGAGGCCGCCCUCGUCCAGCAGUGCCAGCUGUUCUGUCGCCAGGGUUACCACAGCGUGUUCCCAUUAGGGUUGCUGGUGUGUAGCCUGGAGAGCAAACGCUGGGUGUCGCAGCUUCCUCAGCCCCUGGCCUGCCAGUCGCCCCAGCCAUGGCAGACAGUCCAGACCGGAGCACACUUCCAGCUCCAGCUCCCACCAGGCAAGAUGUGCAGUGCUGACUACACAGGACUUCUGCGGGCAUUCCAGGUCUUCAUACUGGAUGAGCUGAUGGCCCGCGGCUUCUGCCACGUCCAGGUGAGGACAACUGGGACCCCGGUUUCCCAUCCUGUCUGUGACAACUCCUCGGUACAGGUGGGGUGUCUGACUGCGGAGCGUCUGCAAGUGAAUGUCACAUGGAAAUCUCAGCUUAAGGACAUCCCGGCAGCCUCUCUUCCAGAUCUGCGGGGCAUAGAAAAGGCCUUAGACGGCCUCCUCGGGCGCUUCACGGAUCUGGUCCAAAGUGGCAUGUUCCAGCUUCAUCUGGAUUCUAAGACAUUCCUGGCAGACACAUCCAUCCGCUUCCUCCAGAGGGACAGCUUUAGUACCUCUCCCCAGACCUGGUUUGGGUGUAUGGAAGCCUUCCACCGAGUCUUAGCAACCAGCAAGGCCAGCCAGGACCCUCUGGGAUGUGUUAUGUGUCCUGAAGGAAGCUAUUCUCUGGAUGAGCAGUGUAUUCCUUGUCCUGUUGGGUUCUACCAAGAACAGGCAGGCAGUGUGGCCUGUGUCCCAUGUCCUGCAGGCAGAACAACCAUUGCCAUUGGAGCAUUCAGCCAGACGCACUGUGUCACUGAUUGUCAGAGGAAUGACGCAGGCCUGCAGUGUGACCAGGAUGGCCAGUACCGAGUCAGCCAGAAAGACAGGGACAGUGGAAAAGCUUUUUGCAUGGACAGUGAGGGACGCAGGCUGAUGUGGUCGCAGACAGAAGCUCCACUCUCCGAUUCUCAGUGUCUGAUGAUGCAGAAAUUUGAGAAGGCUCCUGAAUGGAAGGUGAUCUUCAGUGCUGAUGCUCCUGGGAUGCUCAGGUCCAGAGUUCCUGGUUUUGAAUCCCCGCUGAUGCAAUGCUUGGCAGAUUGUGCAGAAGAUGAGAGCUGCAGCUUCUUCACCAUGUUCACCACAAAGUCAGAGGUCUCAUGUGAUUUCUAUGGUUGGACAAGUGACAGCUUCUCCUGCACGACUCCUGCCCAGGAACAAGAUGCUCUGGGGAGCUCGCAAGUCGCUGGCUUUGGAAGUCUCAGGUGCCAGGUGAAAGUGAGGAACCGCGAUCAAGAAUCUCUGUCUGUGUAUUUGAAAAAGGGCCAAGAAUUCACGACAGUGGGCCAAAAAACCUUUGAACCCACUGGAUUCCAAAACACGCUGUCUGGACUGUACAGCCCCAUGGUAUUCGCAAACUCAGGAGCCAACCUGACCGAUGCUCACCUUUUCUGUCUUCUUGCCUGUGAUCGUGAUGCCUGCUGUGAUGGCUUCAUCCUUGCACAGAUCCCAGGAGGUCCCCUCGUCUGCGGGCUGCUAAGCUCCCCUGAUGUCCUCCUUUGCAACGAUGAAGACUGGAUGGACCCCUCCAAAGUCCGAGCCAACACUACAUGUCCUGGAGUGACAUAUGAGCAGGGGUCCCACCAGGUGACGUUUCUUCUAGGAGGCCAGGAGUUCACGGAAAGUCUGGCACCCCUGGAAGGAGCUCUGGGCACUGCUAUCGGUUUCCAGCAGGUUUAUCUCUGGAAAGAUUCUGACAUGGCAUCUCGGCCUGAGUCUAUGGGAUGCAGAAGAGAUGUGGUACCAAGGUCUGAAUCUUCAGCAGACACAGGUUCAACAACAGAACUUUUUUCCCCUGUGGACCUCAGUCAGGUCAUUGUCAAUUUGAACAGAUCCCUGCCCAGGCAGCAGUACUGGCUUUUCAAACACCUGUUUUCAGCUCAGCAGGCAAACCUCUGGUGCCUUUCUCGCUGCUCCCAGGAGCCCUUUUUCUGUCGGCUUGCAGAGGUAACAGAGAGUGAGUCCUUGUACUUUACCUGCUCCCUCUACCCGGAGGCCCAGGUGUGUGAUGAUGUCCUGGAGUCUAGUGCCCAGGGCUGCAGCCUGGUCCUGCCACGGCAGCCGGGGACCCUGUUCCAGAAGAAAGUUGUCCUGAACAACAAAGUGAAGAACUUUUACACUCGUCUGCCAUUCCGGAAGCUGGCAGGGAUUUCCAUUAGAAACAAAGUGCCCAUGUUUGAAAAAUCCAUUUCCAAUGGGUUCUUCGAAUGUGAACGACUGUGUGAUUUGGACCUGUGCUGCGUCGGUUUCGGAUUUCUAAAUGUGUCCCAGUUAAAAGGAGGAGAAGUGAUGUGUCUGACUCUGAGCAGCCUGGGAGUUCAGACAUGCAGUGAGGAAGGUGGAGGAGCCUGGCACAUCUUGGACUGUGACUCUCCUGACACGGAAGUCCGCACCUACCCCUUUGGAUGGUACCAGAAGCCUAUUGCUCUGAGCGACGUCCCCAGUUUCUGCCCUCCAGCUGUUCCCCCUGCCUUCACCACAAAGGUUGCUCUGGACUCAUGGCAGUCCCUGACUGUCUCCUCAGUGGCUAUAGAUCCAUCCAUGAGGGACUUUGACGUUGCCCACAUCAGCACUACUGCCACCAACUUCUCAGCCACCCGUGACUUCUGCUUGCAGGAGUGUUUCCGUCACCAGGCUUGCAUCACCACCACUCUGCAGACCAGGCCUGGGGCCGUGCGGUGUGUGUUCUACCCUGACACCCAGAGCUGCACACAUAGCCUGCAAGGCCACAACUGCCGGCUCCUGCUCCAUGAAGAGGCCACGCACAUCUACCGCAAGCCUGGCACCCCUUUGUUCAGCUUAGAGGCAGGGUCUGUGCCUUCUGUGCCCAUAGCCCCUCAUGGCCGGCUACAGGGCAGGUCCAAGGCCGUUCAGGUGGGCACUGCAUGGAAGCAAGUGGACCAGUUCCUUGGAGUUCCCUAUGCCUCCCCACCGCUGGCAGACAACCGCUUCCGGCCACCAGAGCCCUUGAAUUGGACAGGCUCUUGGGAUGCCACUAAGCCAAGGGCCAGCUGCUGGCUGCCAGGCAUCCGCACACCCACGCCCCCUGGAGUCAGUGAAGAUUGCUUGUAUCUCAAUGUGUUUGUCCCAGACCACCUGGCCCCCAACGCAUCAGUGCUGGUGUUCUUCCACAACACUAUGGAGGAGGAAGUCAACAAAGGACAGCUGACACUCGAUGGCUCCUUUCUGGCUGCUGUUGGCAACCUCAUUGUGGUUACUGCCAACUAUCGAGCAGGUGUCUUCGGCUUCCUGAGUUCUGGGUCCAGUGAGGUGACUGGCAAUUGGGGACUGUUGGACCAAGUGGCAGCUCUGACCUGGGUGCAGACCCACAUUGGAGCAUUUGGUGGGGACCCUCGGCGUGUUUCCCUGGCAGCGGACCGUGGAGAUGCAGAUGUGGCCAGCAUCCAUCUUCUUAUGACCAGAGCCACUGGCCCCAGGCUUUUCCAGAGGGCCUUGCUGAUGGGAGGCUCUGCACUCUCCCCUGCUGCUGUCAUCAGCCCUGACAGGGCUCAGCAACAAGCAAUGGCUUUAGCAAAGGAGGUCAACUGCCCCACUUCAUCCAGCCAAGAAGUAGUAUCCUGCUUGCGUCAGAUACCUGCAAAUGUCCUCAAUGACGCCCAGACAAAGCUCCUGGCAGUGAGUGGCCCUUUCCACUACUGGGGUCCCGUAGUGGAUGGCCAGUUCCUCCGAGAGGCCCCAGCCAGAGCCCUGCAGAGGUUUCCGCGGGCCAAGGUGGAUUUGCUCAUCGGGAGCUCUCAGGAUGAUGGGCUCAUUAACAGAGCCAAGGCAGUGAAGAGAUUUGAAGAAAGUCAAGGCCGGACUGAGAGCAAAACAGCCUUCUACCAGGCGCUGCAGAAUUCCCUUGGUGGCGAGGACUCGGAUGCCAGUGUCCUGGCUGCAGCCACAUGGUACUAUUCCCUGGAGCACUCUGCAGACGACUAUGCCUCCUUCUCCCGGGCGCUGGAGAACGCCACCCGGGACUACUUCAUCACAUGCCCCACGAUCAACAUGGCCAGACGCUGGGCAAAGAGGGCCCUAGGAAAUGUCUUCAUGUACCAUGCCCCGGAAAGCUACGGCCAUGGCAGCCUGGAGUUGCUGGCAGAUGUUCAGUAUGCCUUUGGACUUCCUUUCUACCCUGCCUAUGAGGGCCAGUUUUCCCUGGAGGAGAAAAGCUUGUCCCUGAAAAUCAUGCAAUUCGUGUCCAAUUUCAUCAGAUCUGGAAACCCCAAUUAUCAGCAUGAGUUCUCGUGGAAGGCACCCGAGUUUGCAGCCCUCUGGCCUGACUUUGUCCCAGGGGCCGGUGGAGAGAGCUACCAGGAGUUUAGCACCCAGCUUCCCAUUCGCCAAGCCCUGAAACAAGCUGACUGCUCCUUCUGGUCCAAGUACAUCCAGGCUCUGAAGGGGCCAGCAGACAGAGCCCUAGAUGGGCAGUCAGCAGGGAGUGAAGAUGAAGAUUUGUUGGCUGGGUCUGAGCUGGAACAAGACUUCCUGGACCUCCCGGAGCCAGGUCCGAAGAGCUACAGCAAGUGAUGUUCUCCUGAGCCCCCCACCCACCCACCCACCACGGUCAGCUCAUUCUCUAGAAUAGCCACUUGUUUUCAAUAAAGUGUCUACAUGCAUUAAUA